AUGACUCUACUUUUCUUUCAUCUCUGUGCUUUCGUCCAUCUCGCUCUUGCUCAACUGACCCUUCCAGACCCACCAUUCCUCCCCCCAAGUCCCGAGGACGCCUCAAAGCCUACUGGUUCCGACUCUAUUCCCAACGAGCAGUGGUCCAAUCUUCUCGGGAAUCUAGUAUACUACUAUGAUGAGCAGCGCUCCGGUAAACUACCAGCCUCAAACCGUGUCGAUUGGAGGAACGAUAGUUCCCUCGACGACGGACAAGACAUGGGUCUUGAUUUGAGUGGAGGUUAUUAUGAUGCCGGAGACUACAUCAAGGCCACGUAUCCCCUUAGCUUCACUUUAAUGUCUAUUUGUUGGGGAGCUAUGGAAUACGGGAAAGGCUAUGAUCUGGCUAACCAAACUCCCUACUUGGAUUCCAUGUUGCGAUGGGGACUUGACUGGCUCAUGCUUGCCCAUCCGGACGACAGAACGCUCAUUAUUCUCGUUGGUAAUCCUGAAACGGAUGACGAUUAUUGGGGAGGAGAUAGGGAUAUACCUACUCCCCGAUUUUCGUACCCGAUCAAUGACACACACCCCGGAACGGAUGCAGCAGCCGGCGCGUCAGCCGCAUUCUCCGCAUGUUCUGCUCUGUACUCUGGACGAAAAUUCUCGUCCAGCCCUUCAGGUCCUGCGUCUCUCCAAGACAAAUCCUAUGCGUCGACUCUUCUUACGCAUGCCAAGACACUGUAUGACUUCGCGGAGAAUGCAUCGGGUGGCCAAACACUGUAUCAAAAUUCUGUGCCGACAAUUGCUCGCUCGUACCCUUCGUCUGAUUAUCAUGAUGAAUUGACAAUGGCCGCGCUCUUUCUUGCUGUGGCCACGAAUUCGGCGGAUUACUACAACCAAGCAGAGAACUACUACAAAAAUAGCCAAAUCGACAAGGACGAUACGUUCAAUUGGGAUACGAAGACACCUGGCAUUGUUGUCUUAUUCUCGAAAUUCGCUUCGUCGAAUCCCGACAUUGGUGGAGAUUUCUCCAGGUGGCAGGGCGAAGCAGAGAAGUACUUUGAUGGUAUUGUGAAUGGAAAGUCAGGUUCUCUUACCGAUGGCGGGCUCUUGUAUUACGAGGGGGACUCGGACGAUGCCUCGCUUAACCCGGCUCUCAGCGCUGCAAUGUUGCUUAAUAUGUACAGUCCACUUGCAAGCUCAGACGACAAAUCAUCCGCCUACACCUCUUUCGCCACCUCGCAACUCAACUACGCGCUGGGCCAAAACCCAAUGUCCUGUAUGUAUAUCGUUGGCUCUUCUCCUAACUCACCGAAGAACCCACACUCCGCAAUAUCGAGUGGUGGCAACGACGUCAGUAAAAUUGAUACUGAGCCUCCGGAGGAGGCGUAUAUACUAUUCGGAUCUAUCGUUGGUGGACCGGAUAAGCAAGAUCGGUACUACGACAUUCGAAGUGAUUGGCCGGAAACAGAACCUGGGCUGGAUAUCAACUCGCCGAUGCUCACUCUCGCUGCACUCCAUGUCAUGAAUGACUCGUCAGACCCGUUCUACACAACUCUGGACCCUGGAGCUUACGAUGCUGCUAAACCAUCCGGUAAACCCUGUGAUGAAGCGUUCCCAUGCGACAAAAGCAUAGGUCGUUUGAGCAAGGGUAAAGCUGCCGCUAUAGCAAUCAUCAUUAUUGUCGUUGGAUUGGGGAUCAUUGGCGGAUUCCUGUAUUGGUCUCGGUUGUCUCGCAAACACAAGAAGAAUCCGAAGAAAUACUGAUGUUCUUAUCCGCUCUUUUUUGUUCCUCUUUUAUCCUUUUUUGUUCGUCCUUGUGCUUGAGUCUCUCUUCUCUUUCUUGUUCCGUUCCGAAAAUUCACCACGAUGAACUUAAAGGCUCUGUAUUGUACUUGCAUGAAAGCAUAAAAUUAACUUUAGCGUAUUGACACGAAAUGUCUACUGUAAACAAAUAAUUAGU